AUGAAGUUGAUCAAUGUGCAUACUCUUGAGAUUGAAACAUUCAAUGCAGGAGAGCAAGUUCCAAGAUACGCCAUUCUAUCUCAUACAUGGGGCAGUGACGAGAUCAGCUUCCAAGAAUGGAUCACAAAUUUCGGCAACCCCUCUCCUGAGUAUCUGGAGAAGGAUGGGUACCUGAAGAUCAUCAAUGCUUGCUCGAAGACGCGGGAUGACAAGCUACGUUACCUCUGGGUAGACACCAUCUGUAUCGACAAAUCGAGCAGCGCCGAGCUCUCCGAGGCGAUCAACUCCAUGUUUGCGUGGUACGAGCGGGCUACCGUCUGUAUUGUCUACAUGGCUGAUGUUGAGUGGGAGGAUGAGCUCAUCCAUAAGAUUCACACCAACCAAUACUCAAGCUUUGGCUCAAGUCGAUGGUUUACACGGGGGUGGACCUUGCAGGAGUUGUUAGCUCCCCGGAAAGUCUUCUUCUUCACCAAGGAAUGGACAGAGAUCGGCACCAAAUCUGAACUAAUGUUCAAAAUCUCAAAGAUCACCGGUAUCGACGAGAAUCUGGUCGGCAAGCAUUGCCGCACGUAUGAGCUGGGCAUCCAAUCGACACACAACACGACCUGA